CUCCACAGCCUUCUCUUAGGGGUCAGCUGUUCCCCUAUUCCCCUCUCUUGCCCCCUGAGGCUCCAUUAUAUGGUUCUGUUACCAGCAGCCCUGCCAGGCUGGGGUAGGGUAGAGGUUUCUAGCACAGCUGGGCGCUGAAGUUUCCCAGAAAACUUUCCCCGCCUCCCCUGAUACAUUGUUCUCUCAUUUUUUGCUGUCCAGGACCCUCCAAGGUCAGGCCAAGGCUAACCGGCAGUGACUUUCUGCAGCUGGGGAAACUGAGUCAUGGCGGGGUUGCCUUGGGGAAUAGAAUUCCUUGUGGGGGGUUGUGUCCGCUUCCUCCCCCAGCCUGACUUGGAGCUUGGGGAUGGGAAUCAGUGUUUGUGUGGGGGGUCCCAUCUCAGCAACAGAGAUGGACGAGGCCUCAGUAACCUUCCAGGGGCUGUCCGUCCAGCUUCUGCUGCAGGCGUGGCAUCUUCACCCAUCUGCCCUUUCCCAUGGCCUUGUCCACAGAGCCCUUGGUCCACCAACCAGGACACUGUCCACACAACCUGGAUCACUCAACACAUCGUGUUUUCCCACAGCCCUUGCUACACCUGCUUCAGUGCAGCUGGAGCCCAGACUCCCUUUGUCCCCAUCCCCAGGUGGCCUUGUCUGCAUGUGCCCCUCAUUGCCCAGCCCCCUCUGAAAGUUGCCUGGCUGUGCUGGUGUUUGAUAGGUGAGAUGGCAACUACAGGAGAGCACAGAGCUUCCCCUCUCCCACUCCUUUCUUGGAAGCCCUCUGAGUCACCACUAGCAGGUGUCAGCUGCCCCACCCCUUAUCUCUCUACCUUAAAAGGGUGGUACCUCCUUGGGGGUAUGGGGGGAGGGUGCAGCGGUGCAGUUUGACCCUUACACCUGUGAGGGAUCCCUAAGUGCAGUGCAGGAUAUGGGGAUCUGAGUUCUAAUCCUGCCCUGGGUGGUGUGGUAGACUCUGGCCUAUUUUCCCCCACUUGGGAGGUGGGGACUAGCCCUGAUUCUUUGAGCUAAAGCGGGCUCUGGGAGAGCUUUAUCUAGCCCCUGGAAGGGGCUGGGGCCACACCCCAAAGGCUGCUUGCCCACCGGUUUUCCACCCUGCAGUGACUGCCUACACCCUCCUGCUGUUGCUCCUGUCUGUUCUGGGGUAACCCGAAUUUCUGGGGUCAGGUGAGGCUGGUGGCAGACAGGGACGUGGUGAGGCGGAGAAUGCACUUGGGGUGCGCUCUCUGGGCCAGGGUUUUCCGCUGAGGGAAUGGGAAGGCCAUCUAAGCGCGCGCACCCGUCUUGGUUCUUGGAAUUCUAGGUUCCCCUACCCCACCGAGCCCCGUUUCAUGAGUAGCUUCUGUUUGAUCUCGGGCGCCAGGUUAUUACAGCACUGCGGGCAAUUCUGUUCCCUGGGCACAUACCAGACACCACCUGCCAGAGACCAUACUGGCUCCACUCAGCCUCCACCAAGGAGCUCUCAGGGAAGGUUGGCAGCGAGCCCCAGGACCCCCCACAGUUAUGGACGCCACCACGGCGAGAGGUCCCAGCGCUGUUGCGUUGCCUCCAGUACCCGACCUGUAGCAAGAAGGCCAGCGCAGUGAUCAGCUUGCUGGGUGACAUCUGGAACGUCUCUGCUGCCCCUGGCCUCAGUUUACCCAUCUGUAUAUUGGGGUCACGACCGCGUUUCUUUUUCCCUAACUUCUCCCGUUCCCCUCCGCGUGACUGAGCUGAACCUAGGGGCACACCUGAGCCACCACGGACAUUAACGUCCAGAGCCGAAUGAAAUUGUUCGGUGUUUCAGUCUCAUUCCGGCCUCCCGAUCUGAGCCCGGUCACUAUUGUAUUCUUCCCUUUUAUCCAUGCACAUUUUCCCUCACGGAAGUCCCUCUGACUGUCUAGCUUGAAUCCAAUCUGCUGUAGCUCCUUCACGCCAACUCAAUCCAUGCAGCUGCACGUUCUGUGGGUGGUUUUGGUACACCAACCCGACCCCAAAACAGCCCUUCUCCCUCCCCUUGGUGGUGGUAGGGCUGAGAUUCGCUCCGGCUCAAUAUUCCACGUGCGUCACUUUACGUGUACCCAGAGGUAGGCUGUGAGUUUCAAGCUGAGCUUCGUUCCUUGCAGAUAAAGGAGCGAGCUCUUUGAGAAACAGAGGAAUUGGGAGCCCAAGAAUGUAGGAUUCGAAGGGGGAGAUUUCUGUGUAGAACGCGGGAGGCCAAAUGGAGAAUCAAGCGGGGUAGAGAAACAAGGAUAGGGAUUGGACGCUGGGAUUCGAAGGGGGCGGGGAUUUGAAGGAGGCGGGGAUUCGCAGGGAGCAGAAAUAAAACCAGGGACUUGAAUACCCCGCGAGGCACACGCAAGACAGGAAUCCAGGUUCCUGGAUGUUGGAUAAUCCGGGGUGGCCAGGAGUUACGAAGGCCCGUGGAUCGAGUCGUGGACUCGUCGCUCUGGGAUUGGUCGUAUGCAAGUGGGAGACGGGCUGGCGCUCUAAAUCGGGGUUUGGGAAGGUGUACUCAGGCUUGGUCCCCAGGAUCUGAUCGGCACACCCCCGAUUCAGCAGAUCCCCAAUUGACGUCUCCCCAACAACGGAGUCUCAGCUGGGACCCUCAAGAUCCCCCAGGUGCUUAGGAAGGGGGUCUGACGCGACAUGGCUGAAGCACACCAGGCUGUAGGCUUCCUACCCUCACUGACCUCCGACCGGGCGGAAGUGGAGUUCAGUGCCCCGGUGUUGCAGGAGAUCUACCUGUCCGGACUGCGCUCUUGGAAAAGGCAUCUCUCGCGUUUCUGGAACGACUUUCUCACUGGUAUGUUCCCCGCCAGCCCCCUCAGCUGGCUCUUCCUCUUCAGUGCAAUCCAGCUCGCCUGGUUCCUCCAGCUGGACCCUUCCCUAGGACUGAUGGAGAAAAUCAAAGAGUUGCUGCCAGACUGGGGAGGACAGCACCACAGGCUUCGGGGGGUCCUGGCUGCUGCGCUGUUUGCUUCGUGUCUAUGGGGAGCCCUGAUCUUCACACUUCACGUGGCUCUGAGGCUGCUUCUGUCCUACCAUGGCUGGCUCCUGGAACCCCACGGAGCCAUGUCCUCACUCACCAAGACGUGGCUGGCCCUGGUCCGCAUCUUCUCCGGCCGCCACCCAAUGCUCUUCAGUUACCAGCGCUCCCUGCCGCGCCAGCCCGUGCCCUCUGUGCAGGACACCGUGCGCAAGUACCUGGAGUCUGUCCGUCCUGUCCUCUCGGACGAGGACUUCGACUAUACCGCUAUCCUAGCGCAGGAAUUCCUGAGGCUGCAGGCGUCACUACUGCAGUGGUACCUGUGGCUCAAAUCCUGGUGGGCGUCCAAUUACGUCAGUGACUGGUGGGAAGAAUUUGUGUACCUGCGCUCCCGGAACUCUCUGAUGGUGAAUAGCAACUAUUAUAUGAUGGACUUCCUGUACGUCACGCCCACGCCGGUGCAGGCCGCUCGUGCGGGAAACGCCGUCCACGCCCUCCUCCUCUACCGUCUCCGCUUGAACCGCCAGGAGAUCCUGCCGACUUUGCUGAUGGGAAUGCGGCCCUUAUGCUCUGCGCAGUAUGAGAAGAUAUUCAACACCACGCGCAUUCCUGGGGUCCCGAAAGACCACAUUCGCCACCUCCGUGACAGCCGACACGUGGCCGUCUUCCACCGGGGCCGAUUUUUCCGCGUAGGGACCCACUCGCAAAGUGGCCUGCUUUCCCCACGCGCCCUGGAGCAGCAGUUCCAGCGAAUCCUAGACGACCCCUCACCUGCCUGCCCCCACGAGGAGCAUCUGGCGGCACUGACCGCCGCUCCCAGGGACAUGUGGGCCCAAGUGCGGAGGUCCCUGAAGACCCAGGCGGAGGAUGCCUUGGAGGCAGUGGAAGGGGCUGCUUUCUUUGUAUCACUGGACUCUGAGCCCAAGGGGCUCACCAGGGAGGACCCCACAGCUUCCUUGGAUGCCUACGCCCAUGCUCUGCUGGCCGGCAGGGGCCAUGACCGCUGGUUUGACAAAUCCUUCACCCUCAUCGUCUUCUCCAAUGGGAAGCUGGGCCUCAGCGUGGAGCAUUCAUGGGCCGACUGCCCCAUCUCAGGACAUAUGUGGGAGUUCACUCUGGCCACAGAAUGCUUUCAGCUGGGCUACUCAGCAGAUGGCCACUGCAAGGGCCGUCCUGACCCCUCACUGCCCCAGCCCCAGCGGCUGCACUGGGACCUUCCAGACAAGAUGCAUCUAUUAAUCUCUCUGGCCCUGAGGGGAGCCAAGACCUUAUCUGGAGACAUCGACUGCCACGUCUUCCCCUUCUCCCACUUUGGCAAGAGCUUCAUCAAACGCUGCCACCUCUCUUCAGACAGCUUCAUCCAGAUGGCCUUGCAACUGGCCCACUUCCGGGACAGGGGUCAAUUCUGCCUGACUUAUGAGUCAACUAUGACCCGCUUGUUCUUGGAAGGCCGGACGGAGACGGUGCGGUCUUGCACGAGGGAGGCCUGCAACUUUGUGAGAGCCAUGGAUGACAAGGAGAAGACAGACCCACAGUGCCUCACCCUGUUCCGCUUGGCGGUGGAUAAGCACCAGGCUCUUCUGAAGGCAGCGAUGAGUGGACAGGGGGUCGACCGCCACCUCUUUGCACUCUACAUCAUGUCGCAAUUCCUCCACCUGCAGUCUCCCUUCUUGGACCAGGUUCACUCGGAACAGUGGCAGCUGGCCACCAGCCAGAUCCCUGUUCAACAGGUCCACCUGUUUGACGUUCACAAUCACCCCGACUACGUUUCCUCUGGUGGUGGAUUCGGGCCUGUCAGUGACCAUGGUUAUGGUGUUUCCUACAUCUUCAUGGGGAAUGACACAAUCACCUUCCACAUUUCCAACAAAAAAUCAAGCACAAAAACGGACUCCCACCGACUGGGGCAGCACAUUGAGGCAGCACUGUUGGACGUGGCCUCCCUGUUCCAGGAGGGGCAGCAUCUUAAGCGAGGGUGCAGAGAGCUAGGGGAGGACUCCGGGCACAGGGUUAACUCUCUCCCUUGCCACACUGGGGGCUCCAGGACGUCCACGACACCCACCAACUUUUGACCCCUUCCAUUGGGGAGCUGGUCUCCCCAGGAACUAGUGAGAGGGUCUCUAAGGCUGGGCUGGUACAGAGGCAGCCUGUUUGGGUUUGGAAAUCCCACAUCUGGUCCAAUAAAGAUGUGUGAACUGAGUAUGUGGUAUUGCUGUGCUCCUGGGCUGGGCAGGGGUGGGGAAGGAGAGAAGGUCCUAUCCAUCCCCAAGCCCAACCAGAAAUUCCCAGUUACCUCCAGUGCGCUUGGCACUUCUUGUUCAUCUAGUCUGAUUAAAGUGGUACUGUUGAUAGAGUGAA